AUGCCGGGGACUGCCUGCUCAGUAGCAGAAAUGACCGACCUCUUAAAACAGAUAAUCUCCCAUGUGGCUGUUUUCAAGCUCAGGCGUGAGAGUGAUGGAGAUGGAGCACUUGCACAUUACAAGGUGGUAUACGACAUGGCCAGACUUAUCCAGAGGAAAUACCCCCAGGUGAUCUCGGAUGAAUUCAAGCAAUCGGAAGAAUUCCAGCAACUGUGGGCUUUAGAAGAGACGAUUGGGAUGUUUUCGAGUGUCAGCCACUUCUGGUAUUAUGACCUGGGGCAGUUGUUCCCCAUACAUAUCACCAGCAAUGCCCAAUUGCUCGAAACACUUGCAAAAAGAUACAAGAUGGAUCCGGACAAAAGACCAAUUGAUUUUACCUGGGAGUCGGACAAGUUUGAAGACUGCAAAGCCUUGCUAGACCCGGACGGCUUGACCUACAUGAGCGAUUUGAUGCGCAAGGAUCGGCGGAUUUCGCGCUUCAAUCUCGAUGCAAACGGGCGGAGAGUUGAUAGGGAGCACGAGACAGUUGCCAAGCUCAGGAGGUCACAGAGAUUCCAGGGAUUUUUGCAACACUUUGAACGCGCAGCGAGUGUUUGUGGCCGGGAGGGAAAGCAAUUUCCGCAGGCUUCCAAGGAGAUCGUGGAGGAGCAGUACCUCAGAUACCUUGUCCAACUCAAGAAGCUCAAAGAUAUCCACAAUCCAGCCAGUGACUCCUUCUCAAAAACCAUUGAGAUGCUAGAAUUGAUUGUACUUGCCAAGUUUGAUAAAUAUCAGAAGCAACUCAACCUUUACUUGGAAGAAUUUCCACAUUUCUUUCGCCCUCUAUGA